AUGGCGUCGCAGCAGCAGGGUCGUGAGGGCGGUGCGCAGCUGGCGGGGUCCGCGGCGGAGGCCGACCCCCUGGGCCGCUUCACGUGUCCUGUGUGCUUGGAGGUGUACGAGAAGCCGGUACAAGUGCCCUGCGGACACGUCUUUUGCUCUGCAUGCCUGCAGGAAUGUCUGAAGCCGAAGAAACCUGUCUGUGGGGUGUGUCGCAGCGCUCUGGCACCUGGCGUCCGAGCCGCGGAGCUCGAGCGGCAGAUCGAGAGCACAGAGACUUCUUGCCAUGGCUGCUGUAAAAAUUUCGUCCUAUCCAAGAUCCGGGCCCACGUGGCCACCUGUUCCAAAUACCAGAAUUACAUCAUGGAAGGUGUGAAGGCCACCACAAAGGAUGCAUCCCUUCAGCCAAGGAAUGUCCCAAACCGUUAUACCUUUCCUUGCCCUUACUGUCCUGAGAAGAAUUUGAUCAGGAAGGGACUUGUGGAACACUGCAGAUUAUCCCAUAGCACGGAUACCAAAUCUGUGGUUUGUCCUAUAUGUGCCUCGAUGCCCUGGGGAGACCCCAACUACCGCAGCGCCAACUUCAUAGAGCACAUCCAGCGCCGGCACCAGUUUUCUUAUGACACUUUUGUGGAUUACGAUGUGGAUGAAGAGAACAUGAUGAAUCAGGUGCUGCAGCGUUCCAUCAUCGAUCAGUGAGCAGAGUUUCUGCUAUCCAUCUCAUGUUCCAGAGCUUCCAUUACAUGUUAAGCAUGAAACAUUUGACUCACAUGCUUUAAAUGUACAACAGAU